AUGCGUUCACAGGGUCAACCUCAACGUAGGAACCAACAACAAUCUUGUUAUCAUUGUGGUAAACCUAGACAUUUGAAGAAGUUCUGUCCACAGAAAGCGGGAGUUUUGGAGAUGACAGGGUCUAGGCAGUCAGGGGGCCCACAGAUGAGGGAGCAGAUAUCGCAGGGAAGGGUGUAUGCAGUUACUGCUUCUGAGCAAGCUACGGGGUCAUUAGUUGUACGAGGUACAUUUCUCAUCUUCAAUACAUGGGCUAAGGUGUUAAUAGAUACUGGGGCUUCGCAUUCUUUUAUUACCAAGUCAUUUGCAUCAUUGUUGGGAUUAGAGAAUAGACAACAACAGGCCCCACUCACAGUAGAAUCACCAGUAAGGGGAAAGGUCAAUCUGACCCGAGAAUGUCAGGGGUGUGUAAUUGAGGUAGCAGGUCGACAACCCCCUUUUAACUUCGUAAUGUUGGAAAUGGCAGGUUUUGAUGUGAUUCUCGGGAUGGAUUGGUUGUUCGUGUACCGGGCGAUAAUAGAUUGUUACCGGGGGAGGGUCACAGUGUGUACUGUAAGUGGUGAUCGUUUUACGUUAUUAAGGGAUAAGUAUGAUAGAUUCUUACCCUCGUCAUACUAUCCUUAUGGCCGAGAUCAAAUUAAUUUUCUUUUAGCAAGCCUUUGGGAAGAUGGAAAUGAUGUAGUCUGGAAUGAAUUCCCAAAAAUAGUGUGUGAAUAUCCCUAUGUCUUUCCUGAAGAUCUCAUAGAGUUACCGCCUCAUAGGGAGGUAGAGAUCACCAUAGACUUGCUUCCGGGCACGACACCUAUCUCACUGCCACUAUAUAGGUUUGCUCCAGCUGAAUUAAUGGUUCUGAAAGAACAGUUGCAGAAGUUACUUAAUAAGGGCUUUAUACGCCCCAGCACGUCGCCUUGGGGAGCCUCAGCUUCGCAAAGAAGAAGGAUGGGUCCUUAA